AUGAGUGCCCCGCAUACCCGCAUCAGCCAAAUUGCUAGCCACCUGAUCUCCCACGAUCCACGCACCGAGGAAAGCGAUUACAUACAGCGUAUAAAGCAGACGGAGGCAUUUAUUCACAGCGAGCGUUUCAAGUUUGUCAAGCGUCCGUAUGGCGCUGAAGACGUGGUGAAGCUUCAGGGCACGGUUCCCGCCGCCAAUGCCGGUGCCGCAAUGUCUCGCAAGCUCUAUAAGAUGCUGCGUGAACUGCAGGCUGCUCAGAAGACAAGCCAUACCUUUGGUGCGCUGGACACGAUCCAGGUCACACAAAUGGCGAAACAUUUGUCCACUGUCUACAUUAGUGGUUGGCAAUCGUCGUCUACGGCCUCUACGUCUAAUGAACCUGGACCGGAUGUGGCCGACUAUCCCAUGGACACAGUACCCAACAAAGUGGACCAGCUCUUUCGUGCCCAGCUCUUCCACGACCGCAAGCAAUACGAGGCCAGGCGCCGCAUGACUGCCGACGAGCGUGCGCGCAUGCCGCCCACGGAUUUUCUGCGUCCCAUUGUGGCUGACGCUGACACUGGACAUGGCGGAUUAACUGCUGUCAUGAAGCUGACGAAGAUGUUUGUUGAGCGUGGCGCCGCUGGCAUUCACCUCGAAGACCAGAAGCCUGGCACGAAGAAGUGCGGCCACAUGGGCGGCAAGGUGCUUGUCUCGGUGCAAGAGCAUAUUCAGCGUCUGAUUGCUGCUCGUCUACAGGCUGACAUUCUGGGCAGCCCGUUGGUCAUUGUGGCCCGCACGGACGCUGAGGCUGCCACUUUGCUGGACAACAAUAUCGAUCCUCGUGACCACCCCUUCAUUAUUGGUGCCACCAACCCAAACGUGGAAUCGUACAUUGAAGCCACCCGCGCGGGUCGUGUGGGUGACUGGGACAAGCGUGCCCAGGCCAAGACUUACCCGGAGGCUGUCCGCGAGGCCCUGACAAAGUCGGGCCGUUCGGACGCCUUGACCAAGUGGAACGCCCAGUGCCUGGAGCUGAGUCUGCCCAAGCUGCAAGCUUUGGCCAAGUCGCUCGGUGUGAACGUCAACUUUGACUGGGACCUCGCCCGGACCGUGGAGGGGUACUACCGUGUGCGCGGUGGUGUUGAAUACUGUAUUGCCCGUGGCCGUGCCUACGGUGAAUACGCUGACUUGAUUUGGAUGGAAACGGCCAAGCCGGGCGUGCCGCUUGCGCGUACGUUUGCUGAAGGCGUUAAAGCCAAGGUUCCGCAUCAGAUGCUAGCGUACAACUUGUCACCAUCGUUCAACUGGGACGCUGCUGGCAUGUCGGACACUGAGAUUGAGACGUUCGUAACGGACUUGGCUCGUCUGGGCUUCUGCUGGAUGUUUAUCACGCUGGCGGGCUUCCACUGCGAUUCAUUAGGCAUCACCCGUUUCGCUCGCGACUACGCCAAGCGUGGUAUGCUCGCGUACGUCGAGGGUGUGCAGCGUGCUGAGCGCAACGAGGGCGUGGAGACGUUAAAACACCAGGGCUGGUCGGGCACUGAGUUUGUGGAUGCCAUGCAGAAUACCAUCACGGGUGGACUGUCGUCGACGAACACAAUGGGGCACGGUGUCACUGAAUCGCAGUUUUGA